CGGGCUGGCGGGCGGGGACUGAGUCCCCUCGGGAACCCAGGGCGGCGCGCGCCGAGCCCUCCCUCCCGCCCCCAGCCUGGCGGGGCCGAGUUUGGGGGCUGGCGGUGGCGGCGGCGGGAGGGAGCCCGGGAGCCCGGGAGCCAGGGAGGCCGCCCGCCUGCCCGCCCGCGCUGCUGGCGAGAUGCGGUCCUGUCCCGCGCUGCUCUGGCUGCUCCUUUUGCGGUGGCCCCUAGGGCUCCAGGACUCCAGGACCCCAACCUGGACUCGGAUUCUCCCUUCCCCUUCUCGUUCCCUGCUCCUGGCAUGAAUAGAAGAGCGGGGGGCGCCAUGGAGGCGGAGGAUCAUUCUUCUGUCCCUGCUCCAGUUUCUGCUCCUGUUCCAGGUGAAAGCCAUUCUGAUUCAUCAUCAGCACCAGAGACAGAGGGCCAGUUGCAAAGUCUCAGCCCUUUACAAUGUGCCCCACAACCAGGAAAAAGACCUCAAAUCAAGUGUCCAGCUGCCAAAACACACCCUCUGAAAAAACCUCGAGUACCUCCUAAGCCUGUCCAUUUCAAACCACUUGGGCAAGAAAGAGAUUCGCAGCGAAUACCUCCAGCACCCCGUAGACCUCUGCCAGCUGAUCCAAGGCCAUCCAGGACCCUACUGACCACAGAAGGAGAAACACAUAUCUCACCAGACAUCAGCAGCCUGAUUGAAAAGUUUGAAAGCAUCUGGCAUCCCAUUCCUGUUCUUCAGAGGAGCCAGUCCCAUUUACCCUUUAGGAUGGAGUCAAGUUUGAACUCAUCACCAUCCCCAAACACCGCAGACUAUGAGCUGGCCUUUGGCUCAGGUGACUUAAGUGAGAAAAACAACAAGAGAGAUGGAAGCCAACCAGAUGUGCUGGGCAUUGCAGAGCCAUCCAGUGUAGACGUGGGCAAGCUAAGAGAACUCCACAUAGGGGACAGCCAGAGCUUUGAGGACCAUUCUGCUGCUAAGCCCAGCAAAGAGGCCAUUGGAAGGGAUGGUGCAAAAGCCUCAGCUGUUGAGCAGGGCAGCAAUGGGAAAAUACCUAACCGAGACAGUGGCAUUGACAGUCCUUCCUGUAGUGUGGCAGGAGAGACCUUUCCAACUGAAGAAGGAGGAGAGAAUAAGAAAUACCCCAGCCCUGGACUCCUUAUUGAGAUGGAGCCUGAAGGAGAACAGAGUAUGAGUUCACCUGGUGAUCCCCAGAAAGAGAUAGCCCCAGAGGCUGAUAGCGAUGUUGAUGAGGGGAGCAGUGAGGAGCCAGAAACUGCAGAUGUGCCAAAGGGAGAAGACCUAGAUGUAGCCAAGUGUACAGAGCCACAGAAGUUAUUCAACAUUGCAAAUGAACUCCUCCACACUGAAGAAGCCUAUGUCAAAAGAUUGCACCUGCUGGACCAGGUUUUUUGCACCAAGUUGGCAGAAGCUGGUAUUCCAUCUGAAGUGACAACUGGUAUUUUCUCCAACAUCUCUUCUAUCUACUGUUUCCAUGGGCAGUUUCUCUUACCAGAGUUGCAAACUCGAAUUACUCAAGAAUGGAGCACAAACCCCAGGAUUGGGGAUAUCCUUCAGAAACUAGCUCCAUUCCUGAAGAUGUAUGGUGAAUAUGUAAAGAACUUUGACAGAGCUAUGGACAUGGUAAAUACCUGGACCCAGAGAUCAUCACCCUUUAAGGAUGUUGUUCAGAGCAUCCAGAAGCAAGAGGUCUGUGGGAAUCUGACAUUACAGCAUCAUAUGCUAGAACCAGUACAGAGAAUCCCUCGCUAUGAAAUGUUGCUCAAGGAUUAUUUGAAGAAGCUUCCUGGGGAGUCUCCAGACAGGAAAGACGCAGAAAAAUCCUUGGAGCUCAUCUCCACAGCAGCAAACCACUCAAAUGCAGCUAUUCGAAAGAUGGAAAAGAUGCACAAGCUCUUGGAGGUUUAUGAGCGUUUAGGAGGAGAAGAAGAUAUUGUUAAUCCUGCAAAUGAACUUAUUAAAGAAGGCCAUAUUCAGAAGCUAUCUGCAAAGAAUGGCACUGCUCAAGAUAGGUACUUGUUUUUGUUUAAUAGUAUGCUGUUAUAUUGUGUGCCCAAACUGAGACUCAUAGGUCAGAAGUUCAGUGUUCGUGAGAAGAUGGACAUAGCUGGCCUGCAGGUACAGGAAAUUGCUAAGCCAAAUGCAACACAUACAUUUACAAUAACAGGAAAAAAGAGGUCACUAGACCUGCAAACAAGGACAGAAGAAGAAAAGAAAGAUUGGAUUGAGGUCAUUCUUGCUACAAUCGAAAAGCACAAGCAGAAGAGUGAGACAUUCAGAGCUUUCAACAGCUCUUUUGCCCAGGAGGAGGAUGUCCCAGACUCACCUAUGGCCAGCACAAGCUCCGUGGAGUCCAUGGCAGGGACAGAUGGCUGUGGUGGAUUUGGAGGACUUGACUCCAGAAAAUCUAAAAAUAGAAGAGACAAAGAGAAGCAAACCUGCAAAAGCUGCAGCGAAACCUUUAAUUCAAUUACAAAAAGGAGGCACCACUGCAAACAGUGCGGGGCUGUGAUUUGUGGGAAGUGCUCAGAAUUUAAGGCAGACAAUAGCCGGCAGAGUCGUGUUUGCAAAGAGUGCUUCCUAAUGCAAACUACAGUUCUGAAUAGUCCUGUCCCUGAGCCUAGUGGUGAACAAAGGAAGAAGCUGGAGAAGCACAAUAUUACUGCUCCUGAAAACAGCCUGUUCUGUAGCCACCUCCAGCUAAUAGACAAAGGGAAGGUAUGCUGCAAGCUGUGGGCAACUAUUCCAAAGGCAGAACCCCUGGUGUUGUAUCUACAAGGAGGCCAGGAUGGGCGGGCGCCCCGGACAAUCCCCCUUCCUGGCUAUGAAGUGACUUUGCCUGGACCUGCUGAGAAGCUAGAAGCCAAGUACACCCUGAAGCUCUCCCAGUCCCAGCAGACUCUGUACCUCAGCGUAGAGGAUGAGGAGCUCCAGCGGAAGUGGAUGGAAGUUCUCACCAGAGCUGCCAAAGGAGAAACGGACGAUCCCAGUGCCAGUAUUGGGAAUCCCCAGGGGCCCUGAGAAGCCGCGGCCCAUCCCGGCCACCUGGGUGUGUGGUCCUGGAACUUGGACAUAGGUAGUUUGGUGGGUCUGCAGAGGAGUGCCUCCGAUGGAUCCUUUCUCUCUAUAAAAAGGGACCACUUCAGAGGGGCAGAGUAGCCAAUGGCCCUACCAAGUCAGAUCCAAGCUGCAGGGCCAGUGAGCGUGCCCGCCAGUGUCGGCGCGUACCUGCCCCUAUGUGCACACGCUCAUGAUGUGUGUGCCCAUACCUGAGCACUGCCAGCCAGAGCUGGGCAGAAGACAAGGUAGAAACAGAAGAGAUCUGGGCCACGGAUAUCAGCCCGGUUUUGUUUUACAUUUGUCUCCAUCUAUUCCUCCCCGGCUGUUCCAGACCUUUUGGUGUCUCUUGAUGUUGAUCCCUCUCUCCCACCUGGCAUGUAGGCUCCCAUUGCCUCAGGACCUGGGACUCCCACCCUUAGGGAUGGACGGGGAAAGCAGGGGCGUGAGCCCGCACAUCCCAUCCUGAGCCCGGCAGGGGCUGGCCUCGGUGGGUCUGUAGGGUGGGCGUGCACUUGGCAGGCAGGGCUCUGUGGUGUGUCACUUUGUAAAGAAGAAGUAGUCUUAGUCAUGGUGGUGUUCAGUGAUGCUGACCUUGGAGAGAGGGUGAGGAGGAAUUGUUCAUUUGUUGUAUCUAGAGUUUGCCUUGGAUUGGCUCAAACCCCUUGCUGAUUCCCACUGAGCCCCCAGCAGUAUUCUCCUUGCUGUUUUGUGCAGGGUGGGAUGUUAGUCAUUAACUAAGCAGUAUGUAUGUGCUAAGCCAUGCCAAGGUCUGGACCAGGCCAGGACUUCCCCUCUGUCCCUGUCAGCCUGGACUUCCUGAUAGGGCAGCCUUUGUGAAGUACCCUUAUCCAUCCAUUAAGCUGUUUGUCUUUACUGUAUGGAGAUGACCCUUUGAAAGGGAAACUGCUAUGGGGAAUGACCUCAGAUCAUUGCUGCAGCCUUGCAGGCCCUCAGAGUGGGCCUGCUUCCCACCAUCAACUGCCUCAAGUCCCCUGGCAAACACUGUAGGUAAGGAAGAGACCUUUAUAGUUCUCCUUAGGGCAUUGCUGAUCUUCUGUACUCAUAGGAAGGUGACUUGCUCAGUUGUUUGAUUAAUUUUCCAAUAGUCCAGGAUUUAUUUAUAAUUGUAAAUAAUGUUUCAUACCUACUUCCAGAAGUUUAAAAUAUUGAGGUUAAUAACAGGAUGUAGUAUGUAGAGUGACAAAAUGUUUGUAUGAAUUUGUCAUUUGCCCUUCUUGUUAACUGGCAUUUGUUUUGUUCCCAAAGGGAAGUGCUUGUCUAUUUAAAUAAAUGCCCUGCAGCCACA